AUGGAGGCUGAGACAUUUUACUUAUUCUAUGUAGGAGCCAAUCCUGAGUCUAAGGAUUUGAUGAAUUCCUCGAGCGGGGGGAAUUUCACUAAGAACAAGGCAAGUGAAGCACGUGAGAUUAUGGGAAGGUUAAUAGAUGCAAAGAAGGCGUAUGAUAACCCAUGUACUAUCAUGAGGAGAAGCUCAACUAAUGUAGUAAAGGAGAAAGAAGGAGAAGGGGUUGGAGACAGAAUAGAUCGUCUGGAGAAGGCACUUCUAAGCGCUAUUGAAAAGAAAAAUUCCCCAGCCUCGCGGGAAAAGGAAAAGUCGCUAGGAGAAUUCCAAGCCCAGGUGAACGCAGUGGGGAAUUGGAAUCAGAAUAACCAGAAUACAAGCUGGAAUCAGUGGAAGAUCAAAGAGGCCCCAUGGAGAGACAACCCUUAUUUCAGAUGGGCUGAUGGGAACCAACAGCUUCAACUACAGUACCCAGGUCCAGCAGAAACCCAACAGAAUUGGCCUAACCGUAAUCAAGAAGGGCCACAGCACAACAACUCGAAUUGGUCAAGGAAGAAUCAAGAAGGGCCGAACAACUGGAGUUACCGCAAUCAAGGGGAUCAAUCCAAUUGGAGCAAUAGGAACCAGAGUAAUCAAGGGAAUUCUUAUGUGCCACCACACCAGAGGAAUGCCACGGGGAACAAUAAGAAUUUCCAGCAUAACCACCAAGGGAAUCAAGGGUCAGGAAAUCAAUUCAGCAACAAUCAGGGAGGUCGAGGAAACUAUUUCCCGAAUCAGGGGAGUGGACCGAACCAUAAUCAAGGGUCAAGUUCCAAUCAGCCAAACUAUAGGCCUCAGAGGAAUCUGGAUGAUAUGGUACACGACCUAGUCAGCUCUCAACAACAUAUGCAGAACAACAUGCAUGCCAAUAAUGAUGUGGUACAUAAAAUUCAAGAUGCACAACAGGAGCAGAAGUCUGCCAUGGACAUGUUGGCCAAGUAA